AUGAGUUCGCCAAAUAUAUGGAGCACAAGAAGCCCAGUCUACUCGACUCCUGUAUUUUCCCAGAAAAUGACGGUGUGGAUUCUGCUCCUGCUAUCGCUCUACCCAGGCCUCACUAGCCAAAAAUCUGAUGAUGACUAUGAAGAUUAUGCUUCUAAUAAAACAUGGGUCUUGACACCCAAAGUUCCUGAGGGUGAUGUCACCGUCAUUUUAAACAACCUACUGGAAGGAUAUGACAAUAAACUUCGACCUGAUAUAGGAGUGAAACCAACAUUAAUUCACACAGACAUGUAUGUGAAUAGCAUUGGUCCAGUGAAUGCUAUCAACAUGGAGUACACAAUUGAUAUAUUUUUUGCCCAAACAUGGUAUGACAGACGUCUGAAAUUUAACAGCACCAUUAAAGUCCUCCGAUUAAACAGCAACAUGGUGGGGAAAAUCUGGAUUCCAGACACUUUCUUCAGAAAUUCAAAAAAGGCUGAUGCACACUGGAUAACCACCCCCAAUAGGAUGUUGAGAAUUUGGAAUGACGGCCGAGUCCUCUACACUCUAAGGUUGACAAUUGAUGCUGAGUGCCAACUACAGUUGCACAACUUCCCAAUGGAUGAACACUCUUGCCCCCUGGAGUUCUCUAGUUAUGGCUAUCCUCGUGAAGAAAUUGUCUAUCAAUGGAAGCGCAGCUCUGUUGAAGUGGGCGACACAAGAUCUUGGAGGCUUUAUCAGUUUUCAUUUGUUGGACUGAGAAAUACCACUGAGGUAGUGAAGACGACUUCUGAAGAAGACUUAGAAGAAAUCGGAAUCAACUUGACGGCACUGGGAGAUUAUGUGGUCAUGUCUGUCUACUUUGACCUGAGCAGAAGAAUGGGAUACUUCACCAUCCAGACCUAUAUUCCCUGCACACUCAUCGUUGUCCUAUCUUGGGUGUCUUUCUGGAUCAAUAAGGAUGCUGUUCCAGCAAGAACAUCUCUAGGUAUCACCACUGUCUUGACGAUGACCACCCUCAGCACCAUUGCCAGGAAAUCACUCCCCAAGGUCUCCUAUGUCACAGCGAUGGAUCUCUUUGUAUCUGUUUGCUUCAUCUUUGUCUUCUCUGCUUUGGUGGAGUAUGGCACCCUGCAUUAUUUUGUUAGCAACCGGAAACCAAGCAAGGACAAAGACAAAAAGAAGAAAAACCCUCUUCUUCGGAUGUUUUCCUUCAAGGCCCCUACCAUUGAUAUCCGCCCACGAUCGGCAACCAUUCAAAUGAACAAUGCCACACAUCUUCAAGAGAGAGAUGAAGAAUACGGGUAUGAGUGUCUGGAUGGCAAGGACUGUGCCAGUUUUUUCUGCUGUUUUGAAGACUGCCGAACAGGGGCUUGGAGACACGGGAGGAUACAUAUCCGUAUUGCCAAAAUGGACUCAUAUGCUCGGAUCUUCUUCCCCACGGCCUUCUGCUUGUUCAAUCUGGUUUACUGGGUCUCCUACCUUUACCUGUAA